AUGGCGAGCUUUCAUCCCUGGUGCCUUCUUUUCUUUCUCUCUCUCUCUCUCUCUCUCUCUCUCUCUCUCUCUCUCUCUCUCUCUCUCUCUUCAAUUAUAUCUAACUUAAUUUAUCGUUGUUUCAACUUGAAUUUUUCUUUAUUUCUUUUCUUUUCUUUCUUUUCUUUCUUUCUUUCUUUCUUUCUUUCUUUCUUUCUUUCUUUCUUUCUUUCCAAUAUUAAUUUCUUUCAAACUGUUCACUCUUUCAAGACAAUCUGUUCAUUACUAUUCUUUCUUUCUUUCUUUCUUUCUUUCUUUCUUUCUUUCUUUCUUUCUUUCUUCCCUGCCUUUAUUUUACUCAUUUCUUUCUUUCUUUUUUCUUUUCUUUUAUUUUUCUCAUUUCAAUAUAUCUUCUUUCUUUUCUUUCUUUCUUUCUUUCUUUUCUUUCUUUUUUCUUUUUCUUUAUUUUUUACUCAUUUCAAUAGAUUUGUUUUCUUUUUUCUUUGUCUUUAUUUUUCUCAUUUCAAUAUAUCUUCUUUCUUUCUUUCUUUCUUUCUUUCUUUCUUUCUUUCUUUCCUUCUUUCAGUUGCCUUUCUUACUUUCUUCUCUUUGUCAUUUUCUAUUUAUACCUUGUUCUUUUUCUUUCUUUCGCCGUUAUUCCCCCCACCUCUAUUUUUCCUUUUCUUAUCAUCGCUUAUAUUUUUGCAUCAACCUCCAACUUUGAUUUACUCUCCUUCUGUCUCUCUCUCUCUCUCUCUCUCUCUCUAUCUAUCUAUCUAUCUAUCUAUCUAUCUGUCUAUCUCUUUCCCCUUUCACUCUCUCUAUUUUUCUUCGCUUUCUUCUCAUAUCCCGAUAGCCUCACUCUCGCUCUUCCUUUCUAUCUGUCUCCCUCCCUUUUUCCUCCUCUCUCUCUUCUCUCCUCUCUCCCAUCUCUCUCUCUCUCCCAUCUCUCUCUCUCUCUCUCCCAUCUCUUUCCCAUCUCUCUCUCUCUCCCCUCUCUCUCUCUCUCUCUCCCAUCUCUUUCUCUCUCUCUCUCUCUCUCUCUCUCUCUCUCUCUCUCUCUCUAUUUCCGACACACACAUGCCCACACCUUUACACUUUACUUAUUUUUCCUCUUGCACUUACUCACUCUCUAAUCCUUUAAUACUUCUCUCACUCCUUCUCUCUUUCUCUCUUUCCAUAUCGCAUUCUCUCUCAUUCUUUCUACCCUUUUCUCUUUCCACAUCUCCUUCUCUCUCAUUCUUUCUAUGUUUUCUCUUUUCACUCUUUAACGCAUUCCUGUCUUUCCUCUUUCCUUUCUUUAUUUCUUUUCCACCAUUAUUGCUAUUCCUUCUUCUUCUUCUUCUUCUUCUUCUUCUUCUUCUUCUUCUUCUAUGGAUUCUUUUCUUCUUUUUCUUUCUUUUUAUACGUCUUUCUUUUCCCUUUCUUUCUCUAUAUUUCUGUUCCUUUCUAUCCAUCCGUCUUUUUUCUAUCAUCUUAAUCACCUGCCCUUCAUUUUUUUUUCUGUUUAAAUAUCAUUUCUUUUCUUUCUUUCUUUCUUUCUUUCUUUCUUUCUUUCUUUCUUUCUUUCUUCUAAUAUUUCUUUCUUUUUUUCUAUUUAGACAUCUUUCUUUUCAUAAUUUCUCUCUCUCUCUCUCUCUCUCUCUCUCUCUCUCUCUGCUUGCUUUUCCUCCAGUUGUUGACAUUUCCAUCCGUCUACACAGACAUUCGUCCUUUUCUUUUUUCCGUCUUUGGUCAAUGAGUCCAUCUUUCUUUCCCAUUUCUCGUCUUCUCCCUCUUUCAUCUUUAUCUAUCACGUAUCACGCCUCUCUUUUUCGCUUUCUUAUUUUCUUGCCCUUUCUUAUUCUUGUGUCUUUUUCUCAUUUGUAUGACAUUUGCCUUUCUUUCUCUCUCUCUCUCUCUCUCUCUCUCUCUCUCUCUCUCUCUCUCUUCCCUUUCUUUCUUGAUAAAAUUUACAUCCUUUCUAUAUUUACCUUUUUAUCUUUUUCUUUUCUUUCUUGCAUUCUUUCUUUUCCCCAAAUCGCCUUCCUUUCUUCAUUCCUUCAUCUCUACCUCCCUCCCUCUCUUCCUCCCUCUUUCUCUCUGCCUUUCUCACUCUGUGCGCGUAUGCGAGUGUGUGUGGGUGUGUCUCAUGACUUCCCAUGUCUCUGUCAUCAUUACUUUCUCUACAGUAUCCUCCUAUUCUCCCCUCUCUACCUAAAGAUCUCUAAAGCCAUUUUUAUAAUUUCUUUAUAUAUUUCUUUCCACUUUCCUAUCUUUCCCCCCCCCUUUCUUUCAGUCUGA